CUAACAUGACGAGUUUAUGACAACACUUUCCCCCUCCCCAAAUUUCUCUCUCUUCUUCUUUAACUCUUUUGCGCCAUUUCUGAAAAAAAAAAACAUAACCUUUUGUCAAGAGAAGAACCAUGAAGAGAAGAGGAGAAGGGAAAGAAGAGACGGAGAUUGAACGCCUCCCCGUCGACCUAUUGGCUCAUAUAUUAGCUCUUCUCACUUGCUUCAAAGAUUUAGCUCAGGCGAGCAGCGUGAGCCGGAAAUGGAGGCAGGGAGUGAAAGAAUCGUUGGCCAGGAGAGAAAGCUUGAGUUUUUCGGGCUGGAAAGUCGACGACGAUUCCUCAACUCGCCUUGUUCUCCAUGCUUACAGUCUUAAAGACCUGGACAUCUCAAGAAGCCGGUGGGGGUGCCAAAUAACAGAUAUUGGACUGCAUCAAUUGUCUAUGGCGAAUUGUAUUGGCAAACUCUGUUCUGUGUCUCUGUGGGGGACGACAGGAAUCACAGAUGAAGGUGUUGUUCAACUGAUUUCCAGAGCUGCCUCUCUACAACAUCUGAAUAUUGGUGGCACAUUCAUAACAGACAUAUCUUUGUUUGCCAUUGCUAACAGCUGCCCACACUUAAAGAGCAUUGUGCUCUGGGGUUGCCGCCAUGUAACUGAGAGUGGACUCUUAGCGCUUGUAAACAAAUGUGGCAAACUUGAAUCCAUCAAUGCAUGGGGAAUGAGGAUAUCUGUGGAGUGCUUCAUUGCUUUGCUCACUAUAAGUCCAGCUCUUCAAAUUCAACCGAAAGGACUGCUUCCAACUAGCAUUGGCAGCGUUUCCAUAUGGCCUCUCGCUUAAGCAACCCCCAUUAUCUAUUAUGUGCAUAGAGUUUUACUGAUGCUACAUGCAUGUAUUAAUUUAUUGUGUACAUAUUACUCUUCCAUUUCUUCGUUCAAUUGUUAUUAUUCCCCAACUCAAUAAAGUUUUUAUGCUUGGAAACCGAAUAUGUGACUCGAUUUGAAGAACUUGUGUUUGCGUUUAUAAUCUGAAUUUGUAAUGGUCGAUACAGGUGAGACCAAAUCCA